GGAGAAAGAGCAUGAAUGCGGGGGCUGAUAUGCGGGAGCCUCCAAACAGCGCAAAAUCAGAAGUUUCUCUUUUGAAAAAAAUUUUUCAGUAUGUCAAUCCAAUAGAUCUCACGUUUUUCCUCCAAAUUGUUAACUUCUUUCUUCUUGAAAUUUGUGAUUAACACCUUAAAAGAAGCUCCCAAAAAUUUAAAGUUCAGCUUCACCCUAAAAGAGGCGAAAGGAAGCAAAGGAAAUGGAAAGAGAUUUUGGUGGUGGAAGUGAAGCAAUAGUGCAUCACGAAGGAGACCAUAUUAAUGCAGCAGACGAUGAGUCUGAAACGGAGAAGCCAGAUGUUGAGCGUUGGGACCCCCUUGGGGCGGCCAAUGACUCGGAAAGUGAUGUUAGGCAGUUGGAUUCGGAACGAGAUUUGAAUUCUGAAUUGGAACAUUUUUGCGAUAUUAAUCGCAUCCGGAAUCUCGAGGAAGAGCAGGAGAUGCUCACAUCAUCCCUGCUGGCGCUCACAUCGCAUUUUGCGCAGGUACAAUUCCGUCUGAGGCAAAUUGUAAAGGCAGCCCCGGAGGAGAGGGACACCCUGCUGAAGAAUCUCGAGGAAUUCGCCUUCAGGGGCAUUCCGGAGGUGCAGGAGAUUGAGGGUGGCAGCAGCAAUCUCAUGAUGUCAUCCGUUGAGUGGCAGCGGAAUCGUCAGCAGGAGCUCAUUCAGCAGCUGAAGAAGCAGCUGGAGGAUUUGGAGAAGUUUGCCUUUGAAUCCGGUGAGCCUGUACUGCCACAAUCGAUGCUGGUUGAGAAGCAAAAGGUCAUCAUUGAUGAGUUUAGGAGUAAAAUUAAUCUCAAUCUCGAUGAGCACAAUUUGCCACACUUGAGCCCUGAAGAUUUGCGUCAUCAGGUGGAUUCAGCCUUGGGGGAAUUUGUGAGUCCGUUAAAGAUGAAGGAUCAACUUGUGGCACAGCUGAAGACCCAAAUAACCGACUUGGAGCGCUUCAUUGAAUUCAUUCAGAAUGCCGAUGAGACCGUUCCCGGGGAAUUGGAUACGAAUUGCGAUUGUAUCUCCGAAGAGCAUCGUCGGAAACCCCUUCCCCGGAAGCAUUCCCGCUCCCGCAUGACGAGCUCAUCCAGUCAAGAUGGGGAGAAACGCUCCAACAACACCGAAGGGAAAUUCAUGGAACGUAGUCAGAGUAUCGUGAAGCGCGUCCUGACCCUCCUGGAAAUCUUCACAUCAUCCCAAAUUGGAUGUGCCUCAACGGCGACGCAUUUCCAGAAGAAUUCCUUCAAGAAGACAGCCCGUGGGAGUCAUUGGGGUGACCUACGUGCUCAGCUUGAGGUUGAUAUUCAGGAAAUUUGCAAUUUUGCCCGGAAGAAGGAUGAAGAUGACUCCCAGGAUGACUCUACGAGUGUCUACUUGAGUGAUUCCGACUCGGAGCCUGAUGCACAGGUUGUGACGCAGCAGAGGCGCAAGAAACCCACGGCAAAGCCACGAAAACAAACCCCAGACAAUAUCUAUCUCAUGUCAAUUGUCCGGAAGCGCUUUGCCAUGACGCUGCUGAAGUUGAUGCAGCACGGUUUGCGUAAUCCGGAUAGCUCUAGUAUGAUUGUUCCCUUUAUAAGUUGCUUUGCAAUGCCAAAAGUAGCUUAUGGGGACUACGGGGCAACAGUUGGUGAUGAAGAUGAUCGCGGAGGGAAGCAAAUGCAUGCGUGGGAGCUAAUCCUUGAGUAUUACUACAUCAAAAAUGGUGAUAAAUACAAUGAAACACCCGCACGGAGGCUGUCGCAGAGCUUCAAUUUGGAGAUUGUUGGUGGGACGGCUAUAUCAAUAAAACAGGGACUUCUAAGUACAAUUGGAAGUAUUAUAGCUCUCCAUGCUCCCUACAAGCGCAAUCACAAUUCCCACUUCAAGGCAUUCGUUUGUGCUGGUCUCAACACUGGAAAACUAGCAAAGUGGCUUCAGCUGAUUUAUCAAUGCCCUGAAUUGUGCUCAACGUACUACACAAGUUGGAGUUAUGCAGCCAAGACUGGCUUCCGCGAUGCCUUGCGAAGCUUGGAGCCUCUGAGUCUUCUCAAAUUCGAUCUCCCCGUUGACUUUGCCAUUCGUCAAUUUCAAAAUAUGAAUGAUGUUUUCCAGUAAAUCCUUCCGCGAUUACCUUCCCCCCAUCGUCAUUCGCUUUCAUCUCAUUUUCCCACCUUCCCUCCCCCACACACACAUUCCAUCUGAUCUCAAAAGAAUAUGUUUCUUUAACAUAUUUUUAGUCAAUUUUAUCUUCUUUUUUUUAAGAAAAAUUGUUUUCGUAGUAUGUAGAAAAUUUGUAGCUGUGAGAAUGUUUAUUGUAAUUAAUAUUGUGAUGAUUUUAUCUGCAAAUUAUGAAUGAUAAAUAGUUUGUAAAAUGAAAAAAAAAAGAGAUUUAUGUUAGAAUGAAAGUUUGAUGUUAAUAAAAAAAUGUUUUGAUGACAGGCAGGACAGAGAACAUGCGUCUCUUUAAUCAAUAAAUCCUCCCAUAAUAUUCGACUGUUUUUUUUAGAGUUUACUACAACAUAAAGUCAUUUAUUGUUAUAUGUAAAUAUUGUUAGACAAUAUACAUAAUUUACAUCUGCUCUCUUUUCUGUUUUUUAUGUAUUUUUAAAUUUCUCUUCAGCAUACACAAUGUAUGUCUCAUAUAUACGACAAAUGCAUAACAUGAUAAAUGAACCAAUUAAAUUGAAAAAAAGGACAAAAAAUGUAAAAUAGAAAUUAAAAUUUUCUCUUUUUUAUAAGUUUCUCAUCCUAUCAUCAAAUAUUUAUUUUCUCUUUCUAUAUUUUUCUUAAUAAUUUUUUUCUCACCAUUUUAGCCGUGAUUUUUUUUUCUCUUAUCAAGACUUCACAGAUAUAUUUUAUUUUUUCUGUGUGUAAUUUUUUUUAGACUCCUAAUAUCAUAAUGCAAGUUUCUUAUGAGAUAAUUAAUGUAUUAUAUAAGUCUCUACCUAAUUUAAUAAGAAUAAACUCGACUUCUUCUCUCACUUUUUCUUAUAUCUUUCUUGUCAUUUAUAGUUAAAUUCAAAAAUUAUUAAAAAUGAAUGGAUAAAAUGUAAAAAGGGAUUACACAUUAAAAAAAAAGAAA